GCUGUGUCCUUUCACCCUCGCCAGCCAUGGAGAAGCAGCCGGAGGAGCAAGCCGACCCCGAGCCUGCGGACAACGGAGGGGCAGGCGGGCCGCCCCAGGCCGCCGGAGGCCAGCAGGCCCGCAGCGAGGACCGCAUGACCCUGCUUCUCAGGUUGUACCUUCUGGCCGCGGCUGCGGGAGCAAAUGAAGAAAUAUCUCCAGAACAAAUCAUGCAAGAAAAGCAAAUUGAAGCCAAAAUUGAAGACUUGGAGAAUGAAAUUGAAGAGGUAAAAAUUGCUUUUGAAGUGAAAAAUCUUGCAUUAAACAGGAUGAGGUUUUCAACUGCACUUAUAAAAAACCUGGAGAAAAUUAACGCUAAGAGCAGUGUGCUUAUGGAUAACAUGAAACAAGUAUUAAAGCUAAAUAAGUUAAUUAUGAAAUCACAGCAGGAAUCUUGGGAUUUAGAAGAAAAACUGGUUGAUGUUAGAAAGAAGAGAUUGGAAUUAAAACAAGCUUCAGAAAGUAAGCUUUUAGAAAUACAGAUGGAAAAGAACAAACAGAAAAAUGAGUUGGACAGUAUGGAAAAUUCAGACAAGGUAAAGACCAUACAACAAAACCUACAGAUGGAGAUACAAAUUACUACAGUUGUUCAACAUGUCUUCCAGAACAUCAUUUUGGGAAGUAAAGUCAAUUGGGCAGAGAAUUCAGCACUUAAGGAAACGGUUCUGCAGCUUGAGAAGAAUCUCACCAUGAUCUAAAAGAAUUCUAUUUUGACAU